CUCUAUCAUAAGAAACACAUCAACAAUAAUAAUGGAUGCAUAGUGAAAAUCCUUUAUCUCCAAUGAAAAACGUUCUAAACAAGAUAACCGGCUAUUUGAUUUCCCAUUAAACCAUGUUAUAUUCGGUUGGUUGUGCGAUUUCUCGAGCUGUGUGUUGUAGUAGUUUAUAUAAUCUGCCUAUGUAGAGAUAUUGGAAUAACAGUGUUAUUUUUCACAUGUGAUGUACUGUUGAUGUGUUGGGCAAAGCUAUAUGGGUUCUUAAAAUGAUGAGGUGAUGUAGAGACAGGGAGAAGUAGCUAAAUGUUCUUUUUCAUUUUGAUCAAAGUUGAUGGAAAAGAAGAGAGGUUGAAUAUUUCUAUGAAGGAAAACGACAUUGUAAUAAGGGAGGCAAAGAUGUGACAAACCCAAGAGAGAGAGAAAAAGAGAGUCAGCGUUUUGGAACUUGAAACAGUGGCAACUAGUAGUUUGGUUGUGGAAUUUCUCACAUUUCUCUUCACUAUAUAAAGUGUUUUGCACUCAUCUUGCCUUGGUGUAUGCAAUCCCUGUGCCUGCUGUGGGAUCCAUAGCCCAAAAUUAAAGGUAUAUCUUUCAAGACCUGGUUCUAUCUGGCCUUAUCAACAAGAAUUCAAACUCUAACUAGAGGCCACAAAGAGGACGAAGAACAGGGUACAUCCCUGUUGCGAAUCCAUCUUUUCACAAAUGAGGAUAUUGAAUUGGAUGCAAGGGAAGAAGCCUAGUGGCAGAAAGGGGAGCAAAAGAACAUCAAAUUCAAUCAACGAUGAGAUAGUGCACAAAACUCACCCAAAAGAAUUCAGCAACUGGUCUCAUGUAUUGCUGGCAAUUGGAACGUUUGGAGACGAGAAUCUGAAUGAAGCACGGCCGAAAAGGUCACAAGAGAAUCCAUCAUCUUCCCUGCAACAACAUCUUAAAGAUCUUACACCUGAAGAACUAAAUAUACUUCAAAAAGAGUUCAAUCUGUUAUUGGCUGAACACCUUAAGCAAUCGGGUCCAACCUUGGAAUUUGAAGUCAGCAAGCAUUGUCCAUCAAAUAUAUUUCUUAACAGACAAUUAACCUUUGGAUCUGAAACAACAAAGAAAGAACUAUAUUAUGAAGAGCUGAUUAAGAAGAGCAAUAUUUUCCAGCAUGUCAUACUCAGUAAAGGCAAAGAUGUAGGUGUGGAAGCUAAUGACACCGCAAUUAUUGGCAAAAAAACUUUAUCCCUCCUUCUCAAGAAGAUUUUUGUCUGUGGAGGUGGUACCGCACCACCUGCUGUGGUUACUCCUCCUCUGAGAAUCACAACUCUAGAGUCAACAAUGGAGAAGAUAUUGAGGACAAUACUCCAAAAGAAGAUAUACCCCCGAAGCUCUAAUGUCAGAACAUCAUCAAAGAAAAAGUACCUGAGGAAGAAAAACAAGCAAAGAGAUGAAAAUGAAGACGAAAAGAACGACAAGACGAGUGAUGGAAGUAAAUGGGUCCAGACUGAUUCUGAAUAUAUCGUUUUAGAAAUCUGAGAAGCUACCUGCCAUGUGUGACUCUGCCAAAGAAAAGAUCACAGUUCACAAGACAUUAUUUUCAUGCUUGGUUUCUUGAUUGUUUAUUUGAAUAUUUAGCUAUUGUACUUAUCUAACAUUUGGAGGAAUUGAAACUGAGCUCAAUUUUAUCUUUUAA